AUGGAUCAUGGUGCUGGCGUGGAUGUAGUCCUCGGCACCGACUUCGUGAUUCCUGCAGGAGUGCGCUUGGACUUGUUCCACGCGACCGCGAGGUUGCCGGACGAGGUGAGUAUUCCACUCAUUAAGACGCUGAACAUGCUGAAUGACCAAGGUGAAGGCCCGCACGUCAACGGUGGUCCGUCCGAGGACCUAACCAUUGAGAGCCGAGAGUUCGCAGAGUACAGAGUACCGAGGCGUCAACCACCUCUGGAUACACACGAGGUGUGGAAGUUGGCGUAUGACGGAAGUCGGGAUGAAACGGUGUUCAAGCGUGAGUGUGAUGCCUAUGCGGAUUGGCUGGCCUCUCAGCCUUCGGCUGUGGAGCGACCGGAGUAUGCAGUGCCGGCCGGAGUGUUACCCCGGCCACCCGAAGCCUCCCAGACGCACGGCCGCCAGCUGAGUUGUGCCGAGCAGUGGGAACGUGAAAUCGCUAAGCGUGAGGAGCAGGAGCAACUCGCCACCGACGGCUCACCAGUGGGUGAUGAUCCGGUGGCGCUCCCUCCCGUGCACGUGGAAGCCGAUGACACUAGUACCGAAGGUUCAAUCGAGUCUGAGAGUGAAGGAGCUUCGGAUGCCAGCACCGAUGACGACGCCUCGGACCUAGGGGUGAUAGCGAGCCAAGUGCCAGCCGAACCCUCUGACGUAACUGAAGACCGUUCAGACUGGGGUGACAGUGAACAGUCCCCGGGGUCCGAAGACUCAGUCCAAGAUGAAGACUCGGUAGCAGUGCUGACACGCAAUUAUCUGUCGGCCGCCGCCGUUGUCGACGUUGAGGAUGGAGAAGCUGACGUCGAAGCUGGCAAUGCCCGAGCCAAACACUUGCCCAAUGAGAUCAACUUGGAAGAUUAUGCUCAUGAACUAGCUUUCCUGCCCGACCUUACAGAAGCCUCGGUCACGGAACUGGACUACUCGGCUGAGAAUGUCCGGCACCCGGAACUGAGUAGAGGACGGCAGGAUCGCUUAGUGAAGGUUCUGAAGAAACAUGAGAAGAUCAUGAUCUCUAGUGGGAAUGCUCUACCACCGCCUGCGUAUGGUGUAGUGUGCGACAUCGAUGUACAGGGCCAUGCGCCUAUCAAGCAACGAGCACGGAGGAUUCCCCUCCGACACCUCAAGAAGCUCUACGAGCUUUUGCGAGGUUUGCUCAAGGCCGGUCUGAUCGCGUUCUCCAACAGCCCAUGGUCGUCACCGAUCGUGAUUGUGCUGAGGAAGAAUGGCGUAGAUACAUUGAUUACAAGAUGGUGA